CCGACAUACUCAUUACUGAUCAAGGAACACAUUUUAAUAACGAAUUAUUACACGCUCUUUCUAAUUUAAUCGGCUGCAAACAUAUAUUCUCAACACCAUAUCAUCCUCAAACAAAUCGACAAACUGAACGCUGGAAGUCAACAUUUGUAACACAAGUGGCUAAAUUCUGCAAUGAUGAUCAUAAUAAUUGGGAUACUUAUUUACCAUCUAUUAUUUAUGCAUACAAUCAUGGUGUACACUUUUAUGCUUACAAACAUUGCUGUCCAAUCACCACUUUACCUCGUAACAUCGAACAACAACGUUUUGUUACAGCUUUGCCUCCUAGCUCUUCACCACCUUAUCAACCACCUUAUGCUCAUCAGCCCUCGUCAAUGCAUCAAAGCUCUCAUGAACAAGCUAUGUUAUCACAAGCUCCAACUGCUGCAAUUGUAUCUUAA